GAGACCAGACUGGACCUGAGUUCACAGACAUGGAGACCACAGUGCUGGCUUUGACGCUUUGUCAGGUGAUUCCGUCUUUUGCAAUGAUGGAGUCCAUACAGUCAAUUCCGCUGAGUAUGAUGGAGAAUUCAAUUGACGACAUGUACGACGGCUGCAAGGAGUCAAUGGCUGAAGUCGUCAAGAACGUUUACUUCCCCAGAGAGAACAACAUUGACCCAUUUAAAAAUGCUUGGAAGGUUGCAGGCCCCUUUGCAAAAAAAAAGUAUGAAAAACGUCCGGACAAAUCAUUAACCCUAGAACAAGUCCAAGCAGUCUAUGUUUACUCACAAGAAUUUCCCAAUGUUUAUGGUCCGUUUAAUGCAAUGGUCAAAGAAGGUAAAGCUAAAUACGCCACUAAGGACUUCCCAUACCACGCUUUACACUUUUGGAUCACUUCUGCCCUUCAGGUCAUUAAUGCUGACAAUAACAAGCCAUGUCAAACCACCUACAGGAGAACCAACAACAAAUAUACAGGUGAAGUCAACCAACAAAUGCGCUUUGGUUAUUUUGCAUCCUCUAGUACAGAUCCAGAUCAGAUCACUUUUGGAAGAGAGACCUGCUUUUACACUGAGACCUGUUUUGGUGCAAACAUCAAAAGCUACUCAAGAUUGGAUGAGGAUGAAGUGCUGAUUCCCCCUUACGAGACGUUCAAAAUAAUAGAAAUAGCUGAGGGCUCUUACAAAGAAAUGAAAGAUUGUAAAAAAGUCUUUGUCCUAAAGAGUACUGGAAAGUUGAGCAAUCUCAACUGCAAGGCAACUGAACCAAAACUAACUUCAACUAGCCUGAAGUACUGAAGUUGUUGAAAUCAGGCAUUAGGGAAAUUAGGCUGAAUUGAAAUUAGGCAAUAAGACUAAUGCAAAUGUAAUUGUUCUGAGCUGUACAAUGUUUCUAUGAAUAAAGAAGAAUAAACAUGUUAACAGUGUGUG